UCAAGUUUUAACUUCGCCGGUUCUCCGCAAUGUUUAGGUCCACGACAAUAUUGCUGUGCGUAUUUCUGGCACUUGGUCUUCAUGGGUCCUUGACAGGAGCCCAGGAUGGUAGGCGCUACGUGUGUCUAUUAACGGAUCCCCAGAAUCAAUGCAGUUCCUUCUGCGUUUCGGCACUACAGCCAGUGAUCGAUCACCUUAAAAACGAGCAGCAGGAUUUGAGUACCUGCGAAGUGAAGUUAAAUGACACCCAGGAGUCACUAGAUCGGAUAGAAAAGGCGAUAGUAGCGACUCAGAUCCAAGUAUCCUAUCAGCCCAAGAUCAUCGUCCAGGACCUGGAGAAACGACUAGACAGGAUAGAAGGUAAUCAGACAGCCCUAGAAAGCCAAUUGAAAGCUGGACAAAAGCAGACCGAGAGCCAGCUAGCAGCCAUUCAGAAAACACUAGCCGAAAUCGAAAGGAAAAUCGUGCUGCAGAGAUAUCAACAGAUAGGCUCGCGGUAUUUCUACAUUGAACACAAUGUCCUUGUAAAUUGGAGGACUGCAGAACAAAUGUGUGUUGAGAUGGGUGGCCAUCUCGCAGCCUUUAAAAAUGAUCAGGAGUAUAACGCCAUUACAGGCCAACUCAAGAAAGCAAACUACUGGACUGGUAUCAACGAUCUAGCCAAAAAGGGGGAGUUUAUUUCAUUGGCCUCAGGCAAGAAGGCUCCCUAUUUAAGGUGGCGUAAAAACGAACCCAAGUACAACAAUGAUAGCCAGCACUGUGCUUAUAUCUAUGGACAUGAGAACAUUAUGAUAGUUUUGUCUUGCACCACUGAUCUUAUGCACUUCAUUUGCCAGGCUGACAACUCAGUUUAGCCAAAGGAUUCAAAGGAUUAAACUUCUA